AUGACUAUCAUCCAUUCUAAGAUGGAAUUUAGUGUCGUAUCACUGACUUCCUCCUCCUCAUCUAUCAUUACCCCGUGGAAACCAAGCAUCUAG